AUGAGCAAACGUGGCUUCGACGGGGCCACCGUCGAUCGUGGCGGUUCUAUCGGUACGGGAGGAGGUUUUGAAGAGGCACCAGGGGGUGGGGAAAAGCUGGCACUGCCUGUCGUAAGAGGUCUGCCACUUCUCCUGCUUCCACACCACGUUGAAAUCAUAUGGCAAGCACACGACAUUGAGACAGCGACGGCAAGAGCAGCCACUGGAGCGCAUCUGCGAGAGGGCAGUCAGAAAACUGGCGCAUCCGUGGCUACCGCGGCAACAUUGGCGGACCGGGAAGCCUCUUAUUCAGGAGUUGCUGCCUCUGCAGACGCCAAAACUGGACAGAAUCCGACGGAUUCAGCUCCUGGUCAAAAGCACACUAUUGGCUUGCACGGAGCAACCGGUCAGGUUCAGCGUAGCACUGCCGGAGGCUCGACUUCCGGGAAAAAGUCUUCAGUUAAUUCGUCUCAUACGCGGGACAGUGUGGCCAAGGGAGGGAAGGACGGAUGUUCAGCCUCUGGAGGUUCGAAGUUACAAGGUUCUACACCUGCAGGAGGGGUGGCGGGGCCUGCUGGAGUCUGUCGAAAUGGCAAGCUGCGACCAGGAUCCUUAGUGACCACUCAGAACUCAGAAGCAGACCGCGCUAUGGUGCGUGACGCAGGGAUACGUAGUUGCGUUGAAGAGACCUGUCGAAUCUUACGCUUGGGACCCGAAGGACGGCGGAAACAAGCUGUCGUGGACUUUCACCUCUUCAGCCUCUUGUUUGCCAGAGAAGCACGGCUUUGUUCGGCGAAAGCUGCCAUAUUCGUAUCCAUUAUGGGAGUCACUCUUUCACAAAUUGAAACAGUUGCAAAGGCGGUAAGUUUUCAAGCAGUGUCGAACAGCCGUCGAACCACAAAUGAAGCCUUCGCGAAGGUUCAUGGACGCAGACUUUAG